AUGAAGAGGCAGAAAAACGAGAAGGAAAAAAAAAAAAUUAAUAAACCCAAACAAAAUUAUCAAUCUUUACAAUCCUUUGACCAAUAUAACAAGUUAAAUACCGAAAUGAGUGACCCGUUAGCUGAUUAUACCAAUUUAUCUCACGAUGAGAUUGAUCCUUCAACAGCCAAUGUUGCUGAAUCUCAACAACCGGAACCAGAACAACAAGUAUCAGAACACCAAGAACCUCAACAGCAAGAACUCACAUAUGAAAAUGACGAAAAUGUGCUUAGUUCCAUAAAGGUAGAAAAAGUCACCAAUGGAGAAGAAAUGGGUGAUAUUGUACGCAAGAAAUUGAUUAGGAAUUCAAGACCACAAGAACAUGAACAGGACGAUUUUAAUGACAAUAGUAAUGUGACAUCUGGUUCUCGACCAUCAUUAUCGCAGCAACAAACUGACGAAAUCGACAUUGCUAAUAUGGACCCACAACAAAGAAAAAGAUUUGAAUUGGAAGAAAGAAUGAGUGCUGCGAUAAAAUCAACGAAUAAAAGAAGAAGAAAAGCUGAUGAAGAUGAUCUUGAAAGAAUGCAAGAUGAUAAAAUUGAUUAUUUAAAAGAUCAAAUGAUUAAAGCUGCCAAUUCUGACGUCGAGAAGAAUUCCCAAGGUCAAAUUGCCACUGAAAAAUUGAAAUUAUUAAGAGAAGUGACUGAUAUUUUAGCAAGAGCUGAUUUGGCCAUACCUAUUUUAGAUAAUAAUUUGUUAGAAGCAGUUAGAUUAUGGUUGGAACCAUUACCAGAUGCUUCGAUGCCAGCAUAUCAAAUACAGAAAGAGUUGAUCCAUGCAUUGGAAACCUUGCCAAUAAAGACUGAUCAUUUAGUUGCUUCUGGCAUUGGUAAAGUGUUAGUGUUUUAUCAACGUUCUAAACGAACUGAACCUCUGUUGAAGAAAAUUGUCGAUAGAUUGAUUGGUGAUUGGACAAGACCCAUUUUGAAUAAAUCUGACUCGUACAAAGACAGAACUGUACAAUUCCAUGAAUAUAACAGAAACAAGUUUACUAAUAAGUUGUCAAGAGGCGUAAAAAGAAAAGAAGCAAAGACCUUAUAUGAAGAAAAUGCAGAAAGAAGGAAAAGGGCGGCUAUUCCAAGUACAAGAACUACCGCUUAUAAAAUUGCUCCUCAAGUUGACAAGAGUUUGUUGAUGAGACAACAAGCUAGACAUGCAAGCAAUGACGAAAGAUUCAAGAGAAUUAACCUGAAAUUGACAUCAAUGUCGGUGAAAAGAAAAGCAGCUAAAAAAGGUGGCCCAUCUAUUGAAGGUAGAGAUUUGGCAAUGUAG